AUGGCGGAUUACGCCAAGUCGGAUCCGGCUGUCAUGAGAUCCGGACGAGUCAAGAAAACCGUAACCAACGCUGUUCAGCAGAAAGUAAAAUCUCUUUGUGGUUUGGAAGCCUCUCAGGUUCCUGCAGAGGAAGCUGUUUCUGGGGCUGGUGAGCCCUGUGACAUCAUCGACAGCAGUGAUGAGAUGGAUGCCCAGGAGGAAAGCAUCCACGAGAGAACUGUCUCCAGAGAAAAGAAAAGCAAGAGGCACAAAGAAGAAGUGGACGGGGCUCUUGGAGAAGAGUAUCCCAUGGAUAUUUGGCUGUUGCUGGUCUCCUAUAUCCAUCCUGAGGACAUUGUGAAUUUUUCCCUGAUUUGUAAGAAUGCCUGGACUGUCACUUGCACUGCUACUUUUUGGACCAGGUUGUACCGAAGGCACUACCCGCUGGACGCUUCCCUGUCUUUGCGUCUGCGACCAGAGUCAAUGGAGAAGCUGCACUGUCUCCGGGCUUGUGUGAUCCGAUCUCUGUACCAUAUGUAUGAGCCAUUUGCUGCUCCAAUCUCCAAGAAUCCAGCCAUUCCAGAAAGCACCCCCAGCGCAUUAAAGACUUCCAAAUGCUUACUUUUCUGAUGCAGAAAGAUUGUUGGGAACAGACAGGAACCAAUGUGGGAAUUCAACUUCAAGUUCAAAAAACAGUCCCCUAGGUUAAAGAGCAAGUGUACAGGAGGAUUGCAGCCUCCCGUUCAGUAACAAGAUGUUCAUACCAAUCCAGACCAGCACUGCUGCCUACUGCAGGUCACCACCCUCAGUUUCAUCUGUAUUCCGAUUGUCAUGGGCAUGAUAUUUACUCUGUUUACUAUCAGUGUGAGCACGGACAUGUGGCAUCAUCCAGUGAGACUGGUGUUCCAAGAUUCCCCUGUCCAUGGUGAUCGGAAGCUGCGCAGUGAGCAGGGUGUGCAAGUCAUCCUGGACCCAGUGCACAGCGUUCGGCUCUUUGACUGGUGGCAUCCUCAGUACCCAUUCUCCCUGAGAGCAUAGUUACUGCUGCCCACCCCUUGGGGCAGCCCCGAGUCUAGUCCGUUAGCAAUCAGAUUCCAAUUUGGACAAGGCGGCUGGAUUGUAUGUCUGGUUAGUAAUGUACAUGCUCUUCAGGUUCCAGGGCUCCUGUUAGGGAAGGGAGAAAUGUUGAAUCCAGAGGAAGAACACCUACUAUGAUUUAUAAACGUAUUUUAAUGUAAAAAUUUGCAUUUAAAAAGAGUGGCCCUGUUUUC